CCCUCAGGCCCCACCCGCAGAAGCCCUGCUGGGGGCGCCACCCGAGCCCCCAGGGCCCGGGCCUGUGGGGGGGGGAUCCUUCACGUGACUCAGUGAUGCAGAACGGUUGUGACCUUCAGUGUGUGUCUGUGAACGCGAGGGUCCCAGCAACUGUGCGGGUUUGCGCCCGGCCCUGCCCGUGGGUGCGGGGACGUGUGGGUGUGUGGACAUAUGUGGGCGUGUUGGGGAGGGUGCCCAGAGACAUGUGACAAAGACCCGUCUCCGGGAGAUGGUGAAGGGGCCUGCGAGCUGGCGCUUUGUCUGGUUGUCUGCAGAACCGCGGCGCCUGCCUGAGCGGUGCAGGAUGCUUGGGCGCCAGGGUGGCCGGGGGCGCGCGCCCGUGCCAGGGUGAGUGCGCUGCAGCAGCGGGGCAGCGCGGCGGGCCUGGCCGAGCCUCGGGCGUGACUAGGUGCCACCCGUGGGCGCUGCAGUAGCCGCGUGUCCCCGUGACCUCGGGAGCCGGGCUAGGGCCCGGGUGGAUCCCCGUGCCCCUCCCGGCCCGCCCUCCACGUGCGUGUCCGCGGCGCGCGUGUCCGCCCGCGCGCACCCGCCUGUCGCGGCCGCCGCGAACGGCACGGAGAAAAGGUGUCGGGAGCCGAGAGAGCCGGGGCCGAGGGCCCGAGCGCCAUGGGCCGGAGGGCGCGCGGCUGGCGGGCUGGGCCUCCCCCCGGCGAGAGAGCGGCCUGGAGUCGGCAGAGGCCGGCUGGGCCCGCGGGGAGGCCGGCCCGCGCCCCCUGAGCGACGGACACCAGGGCGCUCACCAUGGCCCCGCCGCUCCUAUUGCUGCUGCUGGCCAGUGGAGCUGCCGCUUGCCCGCUGCCCUGCGUGUGCCAAAACCUGUCGGAGUCGCUCAGCACCCUUUGUGCCCACCGAGGCCUGCUGUUUGUGCCACCCAACGUGGACCGGCGCACAGUUGAACUGCGCCUAGCUGACAACUUCAUCCAGGCCUUGGGACCACCUGACUUCCGCAACAUGACAGGGCUGGUGGACUUAACAUUGUCUAGAAAUGCCAUCACCCGCAUCGGGGCCCGCUCCUUUGGGGACCUGGAGAGCCUGCGCUCAUUGCACCUGGAUGGCAACAGGCUGGUGGAGCUGGGCAGCAGCAGCCUUCGGGGACCUGUCAACCUGCAGCACCUCAUUCUCAGUGGCAAUCAGCUAGGCCGCAUUGCGCCAGGGGCCUUUGAUGACUUCCUCGACAGCCUGGAGGACCUGGACGUGUCCUAUAACAAUCUCCGGCAGGUUCCCUGGGCUGGCAUAGGUGCCAUGCCUGCCCUGCAUACCCUUAACCUGGACCAUAACCUCAUCGAUGCACUACCCCCAGGUGUCUUUGCCCAGCUUAGCCAGCUCUCCCGCCUUGACCUCACCUCCAACCGCCUGGCCACCCUGGCGCCUGAUCCACUCUUCUCCCGCGGUCGGGACGCCGAGGCCUCCCCUUCCCCCCUCGUGCUGAGCUUCAGCGGGAACCCACUGCACUGCAACUGUGAGCUGCUGUGGCUGCGGCGACUGGCUCGGCCUGAUGACCUGGAAACCUGCGCUUCUCCACCAACCCUGGCAGGCCGCUACUUCUGGGCAGUGCCAGAGGGAGAGUUCUCCUGUGAGCCUCCACUGAUUGCCCGCCACACACAGCGCCUGUGGGUGCUAGAGGGCCAGCGGGCCACUCUACGAUGCAGGGCCCUUGGUGAUCCUGUGCCCACCAUGCACUGGGUUGGCCCUGAUGACCGGCUGGUUGGCAAUUCCUCUCGAGCCUGGGCUUUCCCCAAUGGGACCCUAGAGAUUGGGGUGACAGGCGCAGGAGAUGCAGGAGCCUAUACCUGCAUCGCCACUAACCCUGCUGGUGAGGCCACAGCCCGAGUAGAGCUCCGGGUGUUGGCCUUGCCCCAUGGUGGAAACACCAGUGCUGAGGGAGGUCGUCCCGGGCCCUCGGACAUUGCUGCUUCUGCUAGAACUGCUGCCGAAGGCGAGGGGACUUUAGAGUCUGAGCCAGUCGUGCAAGUGACAGAGGUGACUGCCACCUCUGGCCUGGUGAGCUGGGGCCCAGGGCGGCCAGCUGACCCAGUGUGGAUGUUCCAAAUCCAGUACAACAGCAGCGAGGAUGAGACCCUCAUCUACCGGAUCGUACCAGCCUCCAGCCACCACUUCCUGCUGAAGCACCUGGUUCCUGGUGCUGACUACGACCUCUGCCUGCUGGCCCUGUCACCUGCUGCUGGGCCUUCCGACCUCACAGCCACCAGACUGCUGGGCUGUGCCCACUUCUCUACACUACCAGCCACACCCCUGUGCCAUGCCCUACAGGCCCAUGUACUGGGCGGGACCCUGACUGUGGCGGUGGGGGGGGUCCUAGUGGCUGCCUUACUGGUCUUCACUGUGGCCUUGCUGGUUCGGGGCCGGGGAGCUGGGAAUGGCCGCCUCCCACUCAAACUCAGCCAUGUCCAAUCCCAGACCAAUGGUGGCACCAGCCCCAUGCCCAAGAGCCACCCACCACGGAGCCCUCCACCCCGUCCCCAGCGCAGCUGUUCACUGGACCUGGGAGACACUGGUGGCUGCUAUGGGUAUGCUAGGCGCCUGGGAGGAGCCUGGGCCCGGCGGAGCCACUCUGUACAUGGGGGGCUGCUGGGAGCUGGGUGCCGGGGUGUGGGGGGCAGUACAGAGCGGCUGGAGGAGAGUGUGGUGUGACAGGAAGGGCAGCCUCUUGUGCCCUGAGGAAGGAGCAGUGCCACUGUUGGGCCCAGGUGGCAGCACCCAGCCUGGGUGGGCAGCACGGCCCUGGGCCCCACUCUGCUUUUUAUCCUCAGUACCUCAGGCUCCCCAAGUACUUGGUGGGACAGCAAGCCCUUUCCUUGGUUUUGGCCUCCAGACUAAAGGGACAGGUCCUACCAACAGGUGCUCAGAGCCACCAAGGCAGGGGCUGCAGCCACCAAGAGGGAGUCUUGUUUCUAUUUAUAAUAAAAUUGUUGGGGACACUUCGG